AUGGCACCCAAGAAGGACGUUAAGGCUCCCGCCAAGGACGUUAAGGCUCCCGCCAAGAAGGCCGAGCCUGCACCGGCACCGGCACCAGAGCCAGCCCCCCUUCCCGUCGUUCCCGCCAUCGACUUGUCCGCCGUCAAGGUGGAAUUCAGUCCAGACCAGAUUGAUGACUACAGGGAGGCCUUCGGUCUGUUCGACAGGGUGGGUGACAACAAGGUGGCUUACAACCAGGUCGCUGACAUCAUGCGCGCUCUGGGACAGAACCCCACCAACAAGGAGGUCAACAGACUGCUGGGAAUGCCCUCCGCUGAUGACAUGACCGCCAAGAGAGUCGAGUUCGAGGGUUUCCUGCCCAUGCUCCAGACCAUCAUCAACAGCCCAAACAAGGCCGGAUACGAUGAUUACGUUGAGGGUCUGCGUGUCUUUGACAAGGAGGGCAACGGCACAGUGAUGGGUGCUGAGCUGCGCAUUGUUCUGUCAACACUGGGAGAGAAGAUGAGUGCGGAUGAGAUUGACGCUCUCAUGGCAGGACAGGAGGACGAGAACGGCUGUGUCAACUAUGAGACCUUUGUCAAGCACAUCAUGUCUGUGUAA